AUGGGCAGAUCGCGCCGGGCUGGACGCAAAGUCCAGCUCCGCCGACUAGCGAGAGCGUACGCUACCCCUGGGGUCUUUGACCCCAGGAUUUUUGAGAGACCUGCAGUGCCUCCAAGACCCUCGCUCCCGCUUCCUCCCCCUCCUCCAGCGAACCCUCCUCUAGCCCUUGGCUACCCACACCCUCCACCACCGUACAGGCCUCCGGACCCUUGCCCGGCCAGAACGUGGGCCCCGUGCCCACCAGUAACCCCAGCACCCAGGCCUCCGACGGCGGCAAUUGCAGCAGCACAUCCACCCCAGCCUCCCAGCCAGGUAGGGAGGACCGCGCCUGGACCGAGGGCCCCUAACCCCUCUCCCGCACCAAAGAGGACAGCACCCCGCAUAGUCUGCAUAGAGGCCCUCCCGCAGAAAUACCGGCUCAGCAAGGGGCCGAGGAAACCGCCCCAACCCAGGAAGGACAUGCCCUCACUGGACUGA